AUGAUGCAACAGAUCCUACAGGACAUGUACAUCGAGCCUGAUCUGCUGGCUGAGCUCAAUGAGGAACAGAAGCAGAUCCUCUUCUACAAAAUGAGAGAGGAGCAAGUACGUCGAUGGGCUGAAAGAGAGAGCCAUGAGAAGAACCAGGAGCGGCAGCCAAAGACCAAAAAGAGUGCUGCAGGUGGUGAUAAGGGCGUGCAGUGGCUGCUGGGCCAGGAUGGAGAUGUGUGGGUGUGGGUGAUGGGAGAGGCGCCGGGAGACAAACCUUAUGAAGAGAUUGUGGAGGAGCUGAUGGCAGAACGAGCCAGAAGGCAGGCACAGCAAGAGGCCAAAGAGCUCUGGCGAGCAAAAGAGGCCGAGAUUGAACAGAAGUUUCGGGAUGCAAUGGCAAAGGAAAAGGCUCGCUUUGUGGCGGAGAAAUGGAGGGAGGAGACGGAGGACAGGAGAGCAGCAAAAAUGGAAGAGGAUCGGAUUCAGGAGGAGCUAAAGAGGCGAGAAGAAGAAGAGAGGCAGCGCGGGGAAGAAGAAAUACGCCGCACAGAGGAGAGGAGAGCGAGGGAGCUGUACAUGUCCCUCAAACAGGAGGAGCGAGGGAGCGAGAGGGAUGACAAGGAAUGGCAGGAGCAGUUGCGUCGCUCCAAGGCUGCGGACGAGGAGAUGAAGCACAAGGCUCGGCGGGCACGGGACGAGUACAAGCGCCAGUCUCUGCGUGCCAUCGAGAAGGGCCGGGUGGCGGGCCUCAGCGGCCUUUUCCAGAAAACCCAGCUAAAUGGUGCAGGACAAGGCCGGCGGCACAGCGCCAACAUCGAGGCCACGCCUUCUGAACGCAGUUCUGACACUGGCCACGCCCACAGCGCCAUGGCCGCCCCGUCCGCGGCACCACCCUCUCACACCCGGAGGGGCAGACAGAGUCGCCGACACAGCACCAGCACAGCACUGCAGUCCCCAGCUAACAGCUCCCCAUGGAUAAGACCCCCCCGGCCCAACUCCCGCGAGUCUGUGCUGCGCUGGUUCAGAGAGGAGCAGCGGCCCAGGCGAGCUGGAUAUGAACGCAACAGCAACACCAUCGCCCCCUGGUUCCAUGGUAUAAUCUCUCGGCAGGAGUCUGAGGCUCUGCUGAUGAACGCCCCUGAAGGCUCAUUCCUGGUGCGUGUUAGUGAGCGGAUCUGGGGUUACACCCUUUCCUACCGCACACACAGUGGCUUCAAGCACUUCCUCAUUGAUGCCUCCGGGGACUACUACAGCUUCCUGGGUGUGGACCAGAACAGACACGCCACAUUGGCUGAUCUCAUUGACUUCCACAAGGAGGAAGUGAUCACUACAUCUGGGGGAGAGCUGUUGCAGGACCCCUGUGGCCAGAAGGGGUCUAAUACAGACUAUGGGGGACUCUUCCAAUAACACCCCCUCCUCCUAAACUCAUCUGUGCUCUGGUGCACAUCUCUGGAGACUUUUUGGAGACUAUUUGUGUGAGUGCUGCCCAAAGGACACAGAAAAGACUUAUAUUAGAAAAAAAAAAUCUUUCUUACCUUUUUAA